AUGAACGGACACGCUGCUUCAAAGGUGUCCCUGUCACACGAAGAGGGAAUGGGGCUCCUGGACGAGAAGACGUUGUCCGACGUCGAGAGCGAGAGCGGUAGGGUCGACCUCGAAUCCCGCUUCGCGAUCCCACGAUGGUCGACGGUCGCUCGGGGUGCCGUGGGAUAUGCCCGAGCCAUACCAUGGCGGGUCACGGUCAUCCGCGGUCUCAUCUUCCUACUUCCUAGCUUCGUCCAGAGCCGCUUCACGAGAGAACGAGGCCGAUCCGAGAAGCUGUUCCCAACGUCACAUCUCGACGGCAUGCGUGGACUUGCCGCACUAUUCGUCUUCUUUUGUCACUACUUUUACCAGGCCUUCAUCAUCGCCGAGGGCUGGGGUUCGUCAGAAAAGAACUACCACGUACUCAAGAUGCCGUUUCUCCGACUCUUCUACCAGGGCCCGCCCGCCGUGUGCCUGUUUUUCGUCAUUUCCGGCUACGCAUUGUCCAUGAAGCCCAUCAAGCUUGCGCGGGCUCGAAACUUUGAGGAGUUCUCCACAACAACGACGUCGUUGAUCUUCCGAAGAUUCAUCAGACUUUACUUGCCGACCGCGAUCUCGACCUUUGGCAUCAUGAUGCUGCUGCAACUGGGCGUUUACGAGUGGACCAGAGACUUCGCCAUCGACAAGACGUACCACAAGAACGUCAUGGAGCCUCACCCGAAACCUCUCGACACCUUUUCCGAGCAGCUGGCGGACUGGAUGUGGAGCAUGUUCAACUUUGUCCACGUGUUUGGCUGGGAGAAGUUUGGUGGAAGCACAUCCUACGAUGUUCACUUGUGGACCAUCCCAGUCGAGUUCCGCUGCUCCAUGUACCUGUUCGUCACACUCAUCGGCCUGGCUCGCGUUCGAACCGGACUUCGCUUCCUCUUCCUCUGGGGAAUCAUUGCAUUCACUUACCGCAACAACCGCUGGGAGCUGUUGCUCUUCUACUUCGGUAUGAUGCUCGCGGAAUACGACCAAAUCAUGGGCAACAACACCCCUGUUGGUGGCUCUAUUCUCCCCACGAACGAAUCCCGACCGAGCAAGAGCCGGCUCAAGGGCUUCUUCUGGGCGAUGCUCAGCAUCCUGUCCAUCUACUUCAUGUGUCAGCCGGAUAUCAACUACGAAAUCACACCCGGCUGGGUCUGGCUUUGCUCCUUCAUUCCCAAGUGGUGGGAUGCGGAAGGUUACCGCUUCUGGCAAUCCAUCGGGGCCGUCAUCUUUGUUCUCUGCGUCAGCCAUUCGCCGAGAUGGAAGAGCUUUUUCAACCUUGCUCCCAUCCAGUACCUCGGAAAGAUCAGCUACGCCCUCUACCUCAUGCACGGUCCAGUGAUGCACACCGUCGGCUACAUGAUCGAAAGGCGGGCUUACGCCUUUACAGGCAUCGAAGGGUGGUGGUACAACACGGGAUUCGUGCUGGGAUCUUUGGGGUGCGUCCCCGCCGUGAUUUGGGCGGCCGACGUCUUCUGGAGACUUUUCGACAUCCCGACGGUGCGGUUUGCAAAGUGGUUAGAGACAAAGUGCUCUAUCAAGCAAGAGUAG